AUGUCAAGUCUGUCUCCCGGUUCUAAGUUUAGCCCACGAUCUGCCCCACCCUCAGCAUCCUUCCGACCUUCAAAUUCUCGACGUCCACUUGCCUGCGUGCUCUGUCAGCAGCGCAAAGUCAAAUGCGAUCGGAAGUUUCCUUGUGCAAACUGCCUGAAGUUCAAGGCAGAGUGUAUCCCAGCAGCGCUGAAUCCACAGCAGCGAAAGCGCCGGUUUCCCGAGCGGGAGCUUCUAGAACGGAUCCGCAAGUAUGAGGAUUUACUCUGCCGGAACAAGGUUCCAUUCGAUCCACUCCAUCAAGACAGCUCUGGGAUCAGUCAGACUUCCAGAGUAGCAAGUGGUCAUGCCACAGACGAUGGGCAACCAAACUCGAUGAGCCAAGGCCCUCCAUCUUUGGCGACAUCUGAAAAGCCUCAAGAGCCACCUGAACCCAUGGAUUUGUGGUAUGCUAUGACAUCACAAGGCUCCCCACAACAUGCCAAUGAUAGCGAAUCCUCACAUGACGAAGUGACCCAGAAUGGAUUGAAGAGGGCAUGGGAUCAACUUUUUGCUGAUCAGGACAAUCUUCUACUGUUUGGUUCGCGCAAGAAAGCAGUUGAACUUUCUACUCUUCACCCCGAGCCCGUUCAAUUAUUUCGGCUUUGGCAAACUUACCUGGACAAUGUCGACCCUUUGCUCAAAGUCACCCAUACACCUAGUCUGCAGAGUCGCCUGAUUCAAGCAGCCAGCAACUUGUCUGGUAUCAGCUCCACUUUUGAGGCACUCUUGUUCGCCAUAUACUCCAUUGCGAUCAUGAGUCUCACAGCCGGUGAAUGUAAUGAUGCUUUUGAAUCAUCUAGGGAAGAGCUUCUGACAAAAUACCAAUUCGGUUGUCAACAAGCGCUGCUGAAUUGUGGGUAUUUGCGAACCGGUGAUCGCGAAUGCCUGACCGCGUUUUACCUUUUCCUUGUGUCCAUCGGACGCAGCACAGAUCCUCGCUCUAUGUCAUCUAUGCUUGGCAUAGCCAUGCGAAUCGCAUACCGCAUGAGGAUUCAUAGCGAAGCAGCUUGUAUGAAGUAUAACCCUAUUGAAGCUGAAAUGGCCAGGCGACUCUGGUGGUCAUUCAAAAUCUUCGACACUCGCAUCGGUGAAUUAGCCGAUUACAGAAACGCUGCACUUGCUCCUACCUGGGAUUGCAAACCCCCCCUCAACGUGAACGAUGCCGACCUUCGAUCAGAGAUGAAAAGAGCCCCACUUGUCAUGAACACAACAAGCGAGGCGCUUUUCGUUGUCGUCCGUAGCGAGCUUUGCGAGUUCGUUCGCCAUGCCAAGUUUCAUCUCGAUUCUCACAGUCCGAACUUUGCCUCUGGCGUCAGCGAUGCCCAGCAACGCCUCAGUCCUGAACAUAGUGAAUUGAAUGGUUUGGAAAGCAUGAUCGAGGAGAAAUACCUCAAGUUCUGUAAUGCAGAAAAUCCACUUCACUACAUGACUAUCUGGACAACGCGAAAUUUCAUUGCAAAAUGCCGGCUUGUGGAACACUAUUCAAGAAUCUUGGGCUCGUCCUUGGAGCAAACCGAAAGGCAGCGUGACUUUGCCGUCUUCUAUGCAGUGGAGAUGCUCGAGAGUGACACUAAGAUCAUGACUUCGCCUCUUACUAGAAGAUACACCUGGCACAUGUCUUUUUAUUUCCCCCUUCCAGCUUAUAUCCACCUGCUGCAGGAUCUUAAAAGGAGGCCUACUCACAACCAGGCUGAAAAGGCCUGGGAAGUGAUGAGUGAUAAUUUCGAGGCUCGAUUUGAUUUCUCUCAACCCAUAACCAGCCCACUUUUCAAAAUAUUCACCAGACUGGUUCUUCCGGCUUGGGAUAUGUACCAGGCAAGAUUCAAGGAGUCAGGUAAUUUCCCAGUUCCCCCGAGAAUCGUCUCUUACGUGCAGGAUGGUAUGGCCGAAAAAUCUGGAAUUUCCCAAGGUACAAGUGAUGAUAACGCCAAAUUCCAUGACUCCGUGAGUAUCGAUGAUUUUUCCAUGCCCAUACCAAUGCCUAUGGAAUCCGAUGGUCACGGCUUGUCAUUUGGUGAAGGGUCGAACGAGUUUGCAGGAGCUGGGCCGGACCGACUUGGAAAUCUCCCGUCCGAGGUUGACUUGAGUCAACUUGACUGGGUACUGAUGGACUGGGAGUCUAGUGAGCUUUCAAAAUGGUACAGCUUUUGA